AUGAUGCGUUCAUCUGGAUCUGCUCUGAGGGAGUGUGUAUCAUCAUUUUCCUCUGCCUUCAUCCUGAAUCUCACCUGCUCAGACCUGCUGGUUCAGCCCAACAUCUCUGUGUCCUCCUCCGUGGACGGGGUCUUCGAGGCCCAGCAGCAGGGGUUUCAGGUGUCCAGGGGCUCCACCUUCACCAUCAGCUGCUCCAUCCAGCCACAGUACCCAGGAGGCUCCUUCCAGCUCGCCUUCACCUCCUCCAUCACAUCACACAACUACACCCAGCCAGCUGUCAAUCACUCUGCCCACUUCCUGUUUCCUGCUGCAGAGCCCGCCCACCAAGGAAACUACAGCUGUGUUUAUCACCUCCAUGUUUUUUCUCAUGACUUCUCCUCUGAGAGCCGUCGGCUGUCUCUCACUGUCUCAGAUCCAACAGGUCUUCUCAUCAAAGUGGUCGUCCUGCCGCUGACUCUGCUGUUGGUGAUCGCUGCCCUUUGUUUCUACUAUAAGGCCAGCAGGGGGCAGAAGCCGGGCAGGCAGGAGGACAUUGAGCUGGAUUAUUAUAACGUGGGUGUUUCUGCAGCUGAAGGAGGGUCGACUGAAGAGGAAGGAGCUCAGGGAGCAGAGUAAGACCUCCAAGGAGCUCAUCUCAGCUGCCUCACAACCCACCAUCAGCUCAGUCAAGGAUAUACGGCUGGAGUUAUUAGAUUACAAUAAACUCUAUUUGUAUUGCCCUCAACAUGAACAGAGCAAAACCAACAAUGUGUUAGUAUUUUCAGCCUUCCUGUCUGUUGCUCAAGCCCAUUGGUUCCUACUGAAGACGUCAGUCUUUAAAAGUCCUCACAAAUACAGUUAAAAGAAAUUUAUUCAUAUCCAUGCCAGAUUUUUAUUCAUAGUGAUUUUCAAAAUACCAAUAUGUUUCAUUGGGCUGGCAAUGACAUAAACAAGUGACAAAGACAGCAUGAUCUUGUGUUAGAGAUGUUAAUGAUAAAUCUUAACGAUUUCUAUGUUGGUGUUGUUUUUUUAAUUUGUACUGAAUAUGUCAUGUCUUCCCACCCUCUGU